GCUGCUAUGGUCCUCAGUGGUUCUGGUGACGCUCUGGGCUACAAAAACCAAGAAUGGGAAUACUGCACAUCCGGUCCACAGAUCCACAAAGAACUUGCCGAGUUGGGAGGCCUGGAAAAAAUCGUGGCUGAGCUCCCAGGGUGGCCAAUCAGCGACGAUACCGUAAUGCACAUCGCAACUGGGGAGGCACUCUGUACUGGAAAGUCAGGAGUUGAACUCUUUCAAGAAAUUUCCACGAAAUAUGUGGAGUGCAUGAAUGACAUGGAAGGAAGAAAACCUGGCCCAACCAGUUUAUUGGGCACUGGAUUAAUGAAGCCAGGUUCGCCCGAUGGUUACUGUAUUCCGUUCAAUCCUACCGGUACUGGUUGCGGUGCUGCGAUGAGGUCUAUGUGUAUCGGUCUUCGCUACCCUAAACCAAACCAGUUAGACGACUUGAUUGCGGUAUCUGUAGAGAGUGGCCGCAUGACGCAUCAUCACCCGACUGGCUACCUUGGCAGCCUGGCGUCAGCUCUUUUCACAGCUUACGCCGUCCAGGGUAAGCCCCUCCAGGAGUGGGGUGUAGGACUGUUAUCUGUUCUUCCUAAGGCAUUGGAUUAUGUAAAAUCUGCUGGAAAAUUUGUGAAAGAAAAUGAAGAGGCAUGGUCGUAUUUUGGUGAAAGUUACAAGAAAUAUUUAGAAAUUCGUGGAAUUGCAGAUGGAGAAAGCCAACCUAAGUUCCCUUCCAACUAUGGAGUACAAGAGAGAGAUGAUUUCUAUAAGACAUUGAGCUUGGAUGGAUGGGCUGGAAGAAGUGGCCAUGAUGCUCCAAUGAUUGCGUAUGAUUCUCUGCUUGCAGUUGGUUCUGAUUGGGACAAGUUAUGCAGUCAUUCAAUGUUCCAUGCUGGUGACAGUGACUCCACUGGUGUGAUUGCUGCCUGCUGUUGGGGAAUUAUGUAUGGUUUUAAUGGCGUCCAUGAAGGAAACUAUGCCAAACUUGAAUACCGGGAACGACUGGAAAAUAUUGGUGUUAAGCUUUACGAAUUAAGUGGGUUGUAAGGUCAUUUAUUGUUUAAAACCUCUUAUAUGGUUUCACUACUGCAUCAGUCCAGUGUCUCAAUUCUAAAUCGAUUUGGUCAAAAUCUAUAGAUUAUUAGUGGUUUCAUUUGACUGUAGUUCAUUCAUGAUAUAGGUAUUGGCUCCCAUUUGUUCUGUAUCUAGUCUCACUAUAUCACCAAUCAUAGAGUGCUUUAUUCAAUUAUGCUGGGUUAUUUUGCACAUGUAGUUUGUAACACAGUUUGUGAUUGGUGCAAUAUUGCAUUGUAAUCAUUGAUCAGGUAAGGGUAUUAGCCAGGAAUUUGAAAGUGCUAGGUAAAACACUUUAAAAGAUGAUUUGGGCUAUAUAUUUGACAACAUUUACAAAGAACAAGGGAAAAAACAAAAAAAAUAAUAAAAAUUUGCCUGUCAAAAAAAAUACUGACUGGAAGCUGGCUAAUACUAGUAUACUACUAGUAAUCCAGGUACACUACUGUUGUACUGGGUCAUAAACAUACAUAUGCAAACAGGAUUUGUCGGGUGUAAAUGAGACAACCUCGCUUCUUGUGUAUUCCUGAACCCACAAUUUAUUGACUAAUAUUAUAUACUGCACUAGCCGGGAAUCUAGCCGGGAAUAAGUGAGUGGAGUCGUUACCAAUAUCAGAUUUCAAUCAAAUUAUUGAGUACAUUACAAAAAAGUCAAAUACAUUAUGAUGCCAUAGAUAAACACUUAGUGUGUGUAAUAAAAUUGUUUUAAAUUCUGUUUGGUAAUUUUUGCUGGUGUACUUAUUUUUAUUUGAUGACAUUUAAAUAUCUUUUGCAUAGAAGUUAUGAUCACUUUGUCUGAAUCAGUAGUUACUAUGACAAUGCUCAGUAUGCAGUGAACAGUUUAUUUACAAUUUACAGUUUAAAAAAUAACAAAUGUGUUGUCAAUUUCUGAAAUAUUUCUAUAGGCUGUGAAUAAUAAAUAAAAGGUGGAG